AUGUCCGGCAAUCUGUACUAUCACCACGGACGCUUCCCCGUUGCCGGAGGCGUGCUGCCUGACGCUGUCACCGCCUAUCGGCUCUAUGGAGACCCUUCCAAGCCUUGUAUCGUGUUCCCAACCUGUUAUGGGGGGCGCCUCGAGCGGCAAGAGUACAUGAUCGGACCGGGCAAGGCUCUCGAUACCGACGAGUACUUCGUCGUGACGAUCGCACUGUUCUCGAACGGAGAGCCAGUCCCUUACAACGGACCGUACUUCCCAGACGUAUCCUACGAAGAUAACAUACGUGCACAGCGCGCGCUGUUAGUCGAUCAUCUGCACAUCACCAAGAUCUUCUCCGUCAUAGGCUUCUCGAUGGGCGGGCAACAAGUCGAUCGGCGAUCUAACUCGCCCGUUCCAAGCUUCCUAGAAGGCCCCAAGGCUGCACUGAUCGCGUCGAAAGACUUCAAUGAAGGACACUACACCUCGACGCCUCAACACGGCAUCCGAGCUUUUGCGCGCGUCUAUAGCGCUUGGGCAUACGGGCAGGCUUGGUACCGCCAGCACAACCACCUCUUCUCAGGGAAAUACUCCAACCUGAACUCCUUCAUCCGCGAAGAGUGGGAGCAGCGCUAUGUAUCGAGCUGGGACGCCAACGACAUGCUCUUUCUCCUCCGAACAUUGCAGAACGGCGACGUCUCGCAAAUACGGGACGGUGGUGAUCUGGAGCGAUGCUUGAAGAGUAUCAAAGCGAAGAUGCUGGUGAUGCCGUGCAAGACGGAUCUUUAUUUCACGCCGGAGGACUGUGAGUAUGAGGUUGGGCUGUUGGAGGAGGGGAUGGGGAGGUUGGAGGUCAUCGAGUCUAUUUGGGGCCACGUUGCUGGAGGCGGGGCAGACUUGGAAGAUCUUUCGUUCAUGACAUCCAGGAUCAAGGAGUUCUUCGCCGAGCGCUGA